AGUAAAUGAAAUGGGUGUGCUUAGUUUGUGUUAUUACAGUAGAGUACCGAACUGUACGUAUUCUCUUGUCAUUACGGUAAAGUAACCAUUUUGCGUUCAUUUUUACGCCGUUACGGUAGGCGCAGUCGUUUAUCAGUUUUGUGACGUUCCAUCUCGCCGUUUUUUUUAAUGCUCGUAGACGACCGUACGCGGAGAGGACGCUUCACCGAAUCGGAUGUUCGAGCAAGAUAAUGAGUUUAAUAGAGACAAACAUCGAAUGUUGCGGCAACGAUCGACCCCGAGAGCUCACCCAGAACCCCUUGAAGAAAAUAUGGGUGCCUUUCUGCAGGAACGGCCUUGCGGAGAAAAACACUAAACAGAAAAAGGUAUGUAUGACCAACUGCCCAACGCUUAUAGUUACCGUAGGACUACCAGCCAGAGGAAAGACCUACAUCUCCAAAAAACUCACACGCUACCUCAACUGGAUUGACGUUCCAACAAAAGAGUUUAAUGUUGGGCAGUACAGACGAGAAUGUGUGAAGAUCUACAAAUCCUUUGAGUUUUUUCGGCCAGACAAUGAAGAAGGCCUACAAAUCAGGAAAAAAUGUGCAUUGACAGCUCUCAAUGACGUAAGACAGUACCUCACAGAUGAAGGUGGCCAAGUAGCGGUUUUUGAUGCCACAAACACAACAAGAGAGCGACGAGAGACAAUCCUGAGAUUUGCAGAGCAGAAUGGUUUUAAGGUUUUCUUCGUAGAGUCUGUAUGUGAAGACCCAGAUGUUAUUGCUGAGAACAUUGUGCAAGUGAAGUUGGGCAGUCCAGACUACACGCACUGUAACACAGAAGAUGCUGUCGCAGACUUCAUGAAGAGAAUUAAAUGUUAUGAGAACUCCUAUCAGACGCUGGAUGAGGAGCUGGACAGGGAUCUUUCCUUUAUUAAGAUAAUUGAUGUCGGACGGCGGUACCUUGUGAACCGAGUCCAGGACCACAUACAGAGCCGAAUAGUUUAUUACCUCAUGAACAUCCACAUCACACCCCGCUCCAUCUAUUUGUGCCGGCACGGAGAGAGUGACCUGAACCUCAAAGGUCGCAUCGGAGGGGAUUCAGGGCUUUCAGCCAGGGGAAAGGAGUUUGCUAAGGCUAUGGGUCAGUUUAUCCAGUCACAGAAUAUUCGUGAUUUGAAGGUGUGGACGAGUCAGAUGAAGAGGACCAUACAGACAGCAGAAGCUCUGGGUGUGCCAUACGAACAGUGGAAAGCUCUUAAUGAGAUAGAUGCUGGUGUUUGUGAAGAGCUCAUGUAUGAGGAGAUACAGCAGAAAUAUCCUCAGGAAUUUGCAUUACGUGACCAGGACAAAUAUCGCUACCGCUAUCCCAAAGGAGAGUCUUAUGAAGACCUGGUCCAGCGGUUAGAACCUGUGAUCAUGGAGUUGGAGCGUCAGGAAAACGUUCUGGUUGUCUGUCAUCAAGCUGUCAUGAGAUGCCUGCUGGCCUACUUUCUGGACAAAACUGCAGAGGAACUGCCCUACCUGAAAUGCCCUUUACAUACAGUAUUGAAGUUAACGCCGGUGGCCUAUGGUUGUAAAGUGGAGUCAGUUUGUUUGAAGGUGGAAGCUGUGAAUACACAUAGAGACAGACCAGCGAAUGUUAAUGUGCAUCGCACAGCUGAAGAUGCUUUACAGACUGUCCCACCUCAUCUUUGACCUCCUCUGUAUCAUCUCUACCCUGUCUCUGGUCCAAACCUGGCUUUGCUGUUUCAACUUAGCCUUCCACUGACGGUCGCCUGGUCAGCUUUUGCUCUGUAAUUCUGGAAGAUGAGAUUUGUGGGGUCAUUUCUGUACUGUAUGUUGUGUACCGGUUGUAUAUAGUGUGAGGAGUUCGGGAAAUCAAGUAUAUCUGUAUUUAAUAUGCAUAUAUGUACAUACACAAAUUUAAAUGUAUAUACAUUAUACCUAUGGGUAAUAAUGUAUAGGUUAUUUUGCUGCUCCUCCGAUAUCUGAGCCCUAAUUUUGUCCGAUUUAUUUAAUCUCUCUGUUAUUUUGAGGGAUGGAUGACAAAAUAUGUGCAAGAUGUUUGUGUGUGACAAAGAAACACUCACUGUGUCAAAGAACAUAACAUUCAGUUUUACUUAAUAAUGGUUUUGGCUUCAUAUGAUGAUUGAGUUUAUGUAUUUAUUUACAUUUUAUAUGCUUUAAAGAUUUAAAUGUAAUACUGACCUUUAUCCCUUGACAUUUAAAUCAGACGACUAUAUUGUAUUAAUUCAAGUGUUGUUUGAACAAAAUACUGAUAGUUGAUCAAUUAGUUCAUUUUAUAUCAUGUCAGGUUUUGUUCGGAGAAAUUAAGGUAUACUUCAACUGUAUUUAAAAUUAUCUAAAAGAUGUUUCCUAUCUUGUCAAAUGUUGUAACAAAAUUAUAAACUUGGUAUAAGUAUUAACAACAGUAAAUAGCUUUUUCAGGGACCAUUAAAGGGCACCUAUUAUGCAAAAUCCACUUUUACAAGGUGUUUGGACAUAAAUGUGUGUUGGCAGUGUGUGAACACAACAACCCUACAAUGUUAAAAUCCAGCCGCUCAUUUUUUAAUCCACAUUAAACCAAAGCAGUCUCAUUAGACAUGCUGUUUUGAUUUUCUUGUUAAUGUGACAUCACACUGAUAAAGCUCUGCCCACAGCCACUGACUGAUUAGUAAAUUUUACUCAAAAGCUUUACUAAAAGUGAUUUAUUUUAACUGAAAGUGCUCACUGUCUGUUAGUAAGGAAGUGAUUUUGCAUAUAAAGGUACACACUUGAAACCACACUUUUUGCUCCUACCCAAAUGGGGGCAUUUUUGACACGCUAUAACAAAUAAUCUGUGGGGUAUUUUGAUAUAAAACUUAAAUAAAACGCAUACUAAACACACACCUAAGACUUACAUUACAUUUUAUAAAAAAUUGACAUAAUAUGUGCCCUUUAAAUGUUUAUACCAACUUUCCCUAUCUCCAUCUUAUAAAAUAAGUAACAGUUCUCUAGUAUUACCUAAAACAAUAUUAUUUAUCUGCAGCUGUCCAAUGUUGCUAUCCAAUUUGACCAGUAUGAUAUUGUUACCUUCAAUGUUACCUCAAACAAUGUCCAAAGCAAACUGUAUACAGUGUAAACUUGAAACAGAUCAUCAUUUAAAAUGAGAUUUUUUUAAUAUGAAUCAUGUAUUAUUAUGAUUGAUUGAUGCAACAAAUGCAGAAAUGUGUACAAAAUCUGAUUUAUGAUAUUAGAUAUUACCACAAUUACAGAUUACAAGUCAUUGACUUGAAUUGUAUUUUAAAGUUUCAUUGGAUCACAAAGUAAUUUGUGUAAGAGCCAGAUCAUUUAUAGUUUCAAUGGUUAAUACCAAAACUCAAGUCCAGAAUUUCUGGAAAGUGUUGAAAAUUAUGAUUCAUUUGUAUGUGUUGGAAUGAAAUGUCAUUGAAUAAAACAUUUGUGGUGAUUUAA